AUGUCCGCUUGGGGAGAUGCGAACGGAGAUGGAGUGGAUAGAGCCCAAAUAACUAUCCUCUCCAGCCCGUUAUUUUUUGUGUCAAGAAAUAGCGACCUUGAUGGUCAACGGAGUGGUGCGACCAUUUCAAAUGAUGGACGGGAAGCGCAUAAGAGAUUAUGUUGUCGCGGUUCAACAAGUUUGGCGACGAAAUACCAAACCGUAACGGUGCGCGGAACGAUAACCAUCCCGGCAUUCGUCCAAGCGGCCUGUUCACGACAACAGGCGAAAGUUGAAGUAAUCGCCGAAGGUGUUCAAGGAUCGGCAAGAUUGAAAGGGGACGAGGUUGACAUAGAACCGAUUCCUCCAAGAAGGAGAUCUGGUGCUGAAUAUGCCGAGCAAGAGACGGGUGCCAGGAAGAUCGAGCUUGGGCGUAGAUUUAUAAUAGGAGAAUAUAAAGGGUGGAUUAUAACUAGGGACGGACACCUUGCAUAUUGGCCGGACGAUAUUUACUCGACGGUGCGGCGUUCACAAGAAAACGUGCGCGAUGCAACUCUUCGGUUUACCAUUAAAUACGGUGAGCUAGAGGAGAACAUGGAGAGGGAACUGUAUGCCAAGCGGAGACGCCACUGGGAACCAGACGUACAAUCACGGAUGGAGACUAAGAGGACCAACCCAGAGUAUGGAAGAAGCGGCAUGACUGCAACUAUCUCCAAAUUAUACAUAGACGAGAUGAAGAACUUGUACCUUGAGGAAAAGAGGCUGAGCAGGAGCUUAACAGAUGAGGAGUGUUCCAGACGUCGAAGAGCCCUGAAGCUUUUGUGUCAUCUAGAGGGUGAGAGCGAAGAGGACUUGGGAGACCAAGGAACUAUACCACUAGAAGAAGGCUCCAAUACUAAUCCUCAACAGGCUCUUAAGGACCAACGUAACCAA